CCAAGGCUUAGCCAAUCUUGGGUAAUCAGCCUAUGUUGAUGUUUUAGGGACCCUCGGAAAUCUACAAAAACGUUUCUUGAUUUACUCGCAACAUGAGUAAAGGUCAAGCUGAAGACAACAAUGUGUCUGUAAUUCGCCAGACCGUUGGCGGUUCAAUCUAUGGUGGUACCGGCAAUCAAAUAAAUGGUGUUUACUAUGGAUCAGACAAUGCCGCAAAGAGAUGGCUAGCGAGUCAAGCUAGCAAAUUACCCCCGAAGCUACAUGAUGAAUCCAUGUUUGAGCCCAGGCUUCGGGACAAGGUUUACAAGCUGGAAGCUUUCCAGAACUGUCUUUCAAAUACGGGCAGCACGUUCGUUAUGCAGGGCAGGCCCGGCAUAGGAAAGACAAUGAUCAUCCAAGGUCUCAUAAAAAAGCUCGUUGAUGAUGCGGAUACCGAUAGCGAUCCAAGAUUUAUGAAUUGGCUCUCUCGAGUUCGGUCUGAAGCAGACAAAGGCCAUGAUGGAUCUCAGAGCCCAGGAAGUGAACAGGGCCCGGGAUGCGCAACUACGAAGCUUGUCACUGCUGCGUUAUAUUUCAGUACAAAACGUGUCGCUAUUUCUGAGCACGCCCCAACGAAGCUACUACUAUAUCUCCUUGAAGCGAUCUGCAAACAAAUACCCAACUCGGCGGGAGCCAUUGAAGAGCUAUACAAACUGACACCUCCGAACGGAAUGCCGACCUCGACUCAUAUCAGAAGAUCACUUCGCACCGUACUAGAGAGAGCCAAGCAUACCUGCAUCUUCAUCGAUGCUAUAGAGGAAUGCGCAGAUACUCACCUUGAAGAAGUUCUUUCUCAGCUAAAGUUACUUCAACAGGAGACGGGCAUCGGUAUUGUGCUGACAGCCGUAUUGGAUGUCAAACGGAAGUACCUGGAGGAACACUUCACAAAAGUGAAGUUCCAUCCAGUGUCUGCUGAGCCUGAGGAUGUAAAAGCCUACAUACGCAAGAGACUUUGGUAUAACCGGGAUGAAAACUCACUCGAAUUGCUUGCUUCUGGAAUUUCGAAAGAGGCAAAUGGAAUCUUUCUACUGGCUAGACUAUAUUGCACGCGGCUCAAAUCUUUCGAUAGAGAUGAAGAUGCUCACGAAGAAUUGCGAAAGAUUAGGGUAUCACGACGCACAACCGACAGACGUACCGAAGAUGACAUCAAAGAAGCAUUUUGGGGUGUUGUCGAUCGAAUAUUUCACAUGGAAAGGACGGGUGAAGACAAGAGAAUUGCGGAGUUGGCAAUGGGGUUUGUUCGUGAUGCACAGCGACCACUUUCAAUCGAUGAACUUCUGUGGUUGUUGAGUACCGACGACGACAUGCCGUAUCCUUCAACCCACAGGUUGCACAAAUGGAAUUACGUCAGAUCUUGCUGUCAUGGACUCAUAGAAGACGAUGAUUUCCGAACCGUCGUCUUCAUCCAUCGCACUAUGCUGGAUUGUCUCGAAGAUCCCCAGUAUGCCAGCAAGAUUCGCGUGCAGCACGGAGAAUUUGCGAAAAGAUGCUUGUACCAGCUCACUCACGCCGAACUCAACAAGAGUGUUUGUCUUGAUUCGAAAGCCCUCGACGAUAGGUUGGUCAAAUUUCCUCUUUUUGACUACGCUGCCCGGUAUUGGCACUACCACGUUGCUCGCUCGUCAAAGACAAGAACCGUUCCUGGCACAAGGGUUUCGAUACCCGGCUCUCUGCUCCAUGUCUUGAGACAGUUUCUGGAUGAUGAUCUUCGAGUUGAGGCAGCUUUCCAGGUGACUUUGUUCCCGACUCGAGAUUUCCAAUCGUAUCUUGAUCGCGCCAUCGAAGAAAUUCCAUUGACAGAAGCGUCGAUUCGAUCGAUGAAAGCUGAGGAAAAGGUGCUGUUUGAUCCAUUCCAACGAAACAAGAUGACCGGCCUACAUGUUGCUUGCCAAUACGGAUUCGAAGAAAUCGCCAGCAAGUACAUCACAAAGAGAAAGAGAUACGCACAGUCUCUGGACAGAAUCAACAUCCAUAAGUGCACGCCACUCCAUUACGCUGUCGAGGGCCAGCAUUUUCAAAUCGCCAAAGCCUUGCUUGAUGCGGGCGCGAACAUGAAUUGCUACGAUAUCUUUGGUGGUACCCCUCUGAUUGAUUCGUUGUACCAUUCUGAUACGUCUAUGGCGAAGCUCCUCCUUAGGGGGAAGAGAACUACUUUGGAUGUCAAUGCUCAAACAGCUCCUGUUACGGAGUUCAAACCGCAUGAGUUCAAAUUACUAUAUCGCAAGGGACCACCAGAUCUACGGGAAAGCGUUAUCGUUCGGCAUAGGAGAUAACCCAGCUUCUCCUAGCGACAAGAAAGGUGGACUGUAGCCUCCAAGACACACAGGGGCAAUUAGCUUGGCACAAAGCUGCAAAGUACGGACACGUAAAUAUCCUCUCUAUGUUAUUGGGACACGGGAUGGAUCCAUCGUCCAGAGCUGGACAAACACCAGAGGGCAAAGAACCGGAUCCUGAGAUCAAGAACUACGAAGGCUACCUCAACACGGCGUUACACAUUGCAGCAAAGUCGAACAGCCCAGAAGUAGUAAACUACCUUCUUGACAAGUUUCCGUACCUUGCACCACUCCAGAACGGUCACGGUGAGACUGCUCUCAGUCUAGCAGUCGGAAUGCAAGAAGCGGAUAUGGUGGGCCUUCUGCUCGAGAAGCCCCUUCCCGAUGGCAUCGAGGUUGGUAUC